UACAGGGAAUUUUCAUUGUGAUACGAGUCGAAACAUUGAAGAAGACGCUAGCAUGUUCGGUUGGGUCGCGGUUGUAAAUGUAACAAUGAAAGAACGCAAGUUCGUAGUGAAAUUAAGCAAUACUGUUUGAAUGACUAAUUUCUUUUACCUAGUUAAACAGGUGAAGGAUCAUUUGCACGCAGGACAAGAGUGGCGACCUUAUUCAGCCCGCCGCCGGGUGUCGCUCCUUGUAAUUUCGGACUCCUGAUUGAAGCGAUAUUAACUUCAGAAAUGGUCUGAAAACCCUGCAGGGGAACUAUUCAUUUCUGUAAUAUUAAGCAUCCAAGAUCAGACAGUUGAAGUGUACGACAGGCCCUACAAAAGCAGCGAGGUGUUCACAGUCAUCGUUCUGUUUGUGCUGUUAAAACUGUCUCCUCCCCUCAAAUCCUGAUCAUACUGUUGAGGUGUACGCUGCAUUAUAGAAUACGGAAACAAAGAUGUGGUUAUCUCUAGCUAGCAUUAUGUUGGGGGCCGUACGGUUCGUUACUUGUAGCACGGUUGCAGAAGCAAACCACUUCAUUGAUAACUUGCUUGGUUCCAAACUAGAACAAUACGUGGAGGCCUAUGGUCUUAAUGGCGUCCCCAUUCCGAGCUGGACGUUGGAAAAGAUCAAAAGCACUGCUCCUACAAACCGCGAUGUUAAGGGCAACCUUACCAGAGGAUUUCUUAGGGGGUUGACUGCAGUAAAGAGACGUGGAGACUGCUCGCCAACCAUUUGGAUGUAUGGAAACAUUUCGCUUUUUUGCCAUCUCGGAAUUGACUCGGUGUACCCUGAGUGGCUGUUGACGAUUAAAGGUUACGAAAUAACCGGACGAACCAAGCAGCUUUUUUUAAAGGCACCGCUAAAAGGGUCGGCAGCAUUGCUUGAGGUAUCAGCACUGCCCAAUAGUGCGGCUUCACUCCGGACUUUGUUUAUUAAAAAACUUCAUUUCGAGAUUAGCUACGCUGAUCUCGGCCUCAACACCGUACGUAGAAACAACCUCCAUGAUCAAAUUGAAAAGCAUGCGGCCGCUACAGUCUAUAACGUUAUCUACAAUACGUUUGCGAAAGCCAUUAUCAGCGCAAUGCGUGACGCAAUUCUGCCGCCUGUGUAAAAGCCUAGAUAGAUACUUCAUUCAAUGAUCUGAGAUUAUACUGUGAAGUUUUUCAUCAUAAUUCGUAUUUUCCUAUCUAUUUCAUGUUGUGUGUUUGGUGAAAACCUUUGAUCUGGAGAAGUGUCUACUGGUGGUUAUAAACCUGUUUGUUACUUGCCACUGUUGCUAAGUGAAAUAAUUUAUUACUUAUAUAUAUAUAUAUAGGGAUAGA